ACAGAAGCUCUUCCAUGGAAACAAGGGAUGCCAGUCUGCUGGUAUGAGUGAGCGAAUCAUUAAAACAAGAUGAAAGAUGAUGGUUAAGAGAUUUCCGAAUGAAUCCAAAGAAAGCGCAAUAUGCAGCUAAAAUUAGCUACUACCGGUUUAGCUGCAAACUAUCUAAGAAUGUUUCUCCUGUGUGGUAAAAACCAAAGAAGAGGAACAUGUAAGGGGAAACAACGACUGACGACGUAACGGCCAGAAAGGGUUCGGACAGCUCAUGAGAACCAGCUGAAAUAUGUGGAAAGUAAGCGGUCGGAGUUCGGCUCUGAACCGGGCAGAGGCGCUGCUGUCAGGCAAGAGGAGCAGCACAAGAGACGGAGGAGGCUCCACACACGACUCAACCACCAAAACACAGGGAGCCUCCUUCAGAGCUGGACCUGUUCCUCCAAAUAGCCACAACUUGUUCUCUGACCUCAGUGACCUCUCCUCAGACACCUCUGCUUCUAAACAGACUGCUGAAUCUGCCAGACUUGCUAAUACACAAGAGAACCUUGAGAUAAAGGGAGAUUCAACCCAGGAUCUCAGACCUCAGAAGUCACUGGCAGAAGGGAGCAGGUUCCUAAAGAAGGCUCCAAAACCAGCUAACAGCAGCCACUCGCCAGUCAGCAGGAACCGAGCACAGGCUGUGGUACAACCAAGAUGUGUGUCAUCCUCCCAGGGUGGCUCUCAGGCUCCAGCCUUGCGUAGGCUAGCUGAAAUCGAGAGUCGUGUCCGGAGCCGCAAGCAGGAGCUAGAACAGGCUAAGAAGGCUUCAGCAGCUGUCCUCAGUCCAGCCUCAGAUGUGGAAAUGGCACCAGAAGCAGCCGUCCAGAUCAAGGAGGCCUCUGCGGCACUGUCAGCGCAGUUCGACACUGACCAGAGCCAGAGGGAGAACCGUUUCCUCAAAAAGAAAAACCGCAGCAGCUCUGCUCCCCCCGAGGCAACAAGACAUGCUGCUGCUGGCGUCGGGUUCAGAUCAAGAGCCGGGGAUGCUGUUGAACUUUCUGGGGGGUUGGAGAGGAAGCCAAGGAGACCAAUGAGCGGUGUGAGUCUGGGAAGUGAUGAAGAAGACAUGAGGAAACUGCUUGGAGACUCAGUAGAAUCGAUCAGCAUGUCCGGACCCGGGAGAUCUUCAUCUGUGAAAAGACCAGACAGGACACUCAGCAGUCCCAGUGAGGAGGAUGAAAGGCAGGCUGCUGCCCACCCUUCACCGCCCUCUCCUUCCUGUCACAGCUCUCCGUUCCGAUUCACCGGCCAGGCCCGGGCCCAGUUCAGUCCUUCGGCGCUGUCUCCAUCACCCCCUUCCCCCCACCGCCCCUCCACCACCCCAGAGAGGCAGGGCUCCACUCAGAAGGCAGAGGGUCCGCGGCGCUGCCACUCAUCCGCGUCAAGCCAUGCUGAAGUGCUUUCUCUGGAGGAGCUGUUCCCUGUGGGGCUGGGAUCUGAGCAUCCACACAGUCACAUUAGUUCAGCUUCUUCAGAAGGAGACCCAGGAGAGAUCAGGGUCAAUGUGAUGACUCUCGAUGAGCUGAUUCCCUGUGAAACGCCAGAAAGACAGAGCUCAUUAGAUUACCAAAAGACUCAUUUUACUGAUUUGGUCUUGGUGCCAAUGCAGAAUCAAAACAAAAUGGCAGACGCUGUCCCUGGAUCCCAAAGUAGACGCCAGUUGUCACCAUGGGAGGAGGAAGAAGAGGCGGCGGUGGACUAUCACAGCAACUUUGACACUGAUUCUAGCGCCAGGCAGAUUUCAGAGUACCUAGGAGGAGGUUAUGAUGAGGAAGCAGAGGUCAGAUCAGAAGUCAGAUCAAAGAUCAGAUCAGAGGUCAGAUCAGACGUCAGAUCAGAGGUCAGAUCAGACGUCAGAUCAGAGGUCAGAUCAAAGAUCAGAUCAAAGGUCACACAGGCGGUUUCCAGGACAGACGAGUCUCUCAGGAAGACGGAAGAUGAUUAUUCCAGUACUUUCUCCAGUGUGAGAUCAGAAUCGUUCAGCAGAAGCAGACGGAGCUUCUCUCAGCAUUCAAGAAGGCAUGCUUCAGUCAGGAGGAGUUUCAAAGAUGCAGCAGCACAGACUUGGCCUGAUCCACCAGGUUACUCCUGGUCAGCAGGUAUGGCUCCGCUGGACCCCAUGGUUGGCAGGAUCUACAUGGGACCCACAUUUGUGGCCCCCCAUGCCUUCAGUGCAGACAGGUUAGAAGCUGUGAGCAUGUUGGACCCGGCUGGAUUUGCUCUGAAUGAAAUGCUGAAGCAGCAGCUGGCCAUUACCAAGCAGUUCAUAGAGCGCAGUGAACACCUCCAUGCCUGCCUGAUGCAAAGCCUGGAACCCCCCAACUACAGAUACACCACGCUGGAGGAAACCAUGCGGAGCAUUUGCAGGCGCAGACGUCCCAAACCUCACAGGGAGAAAACGUAGAGGUGGUUCUACAGAAAAUGGAGGCGGAGCCAGCUGCUUCAGAAACAUCCUGACCACUUUCUACACAUUCACUAAAACAUUGUAAUAAUGGAUUGUUAUAGCAA